AACUAAAACACCGCGACCGUACUGCGUUCAUCUUACAACGAACAGUUGAUCAGAGAUAAAAAAGCCGCCGCAUCCGUGGAUCUGACAGAUUGCCUGAUCUUCACUAAUGACUGAGGACAUAGCAGGAAGGAACCAGAGGAGACACAAUGCCUAGAUCUUUUUUGGUGAAGAGCAAAAAAGCCCACAGCUACCACCAGCCACGAUCUUUGGAGGAUGACUACAACAGACUUGAUACUAUUUUAGCUCAUAUAUGUGCAGAAAGCAAAACUUCAGAGGAGUCCGAGUGCUGCACGGAUGCCCUGACAGGCGACACGGCUGGCGCUUGCUCACCGGACUCUCACCUGGUGGAUCGAGCGGAUCUUUCCUCCAAGUCUCCUCUCAGCUGUGGGGGAAGCGUGUGCGACCGCUCCUCAGAUUACGAAGACUUCUGGCGACCUCCAUCACCAUCAGCAUCACCUGCGUCAGAAAAGUCCUUUUCACCCUCCGCUGAGGAAACACGGCCCUUCGCCGUCCCCUUCAGGCCUUACGCGUGGAGCAGGUACUCGGGAUGUGAAAUCAGACAGCUGGUCCAGCAUACUCUCAACCAUCACCACUCUCUGGAUCUCGAGCGGCCUGCUCCUCCAGCCUGUUACAAUGACCGCGUGGUCGAGUCCUCAGUUUUCACUGAAAGAGGAGGAUCUGGCGCAAGCAUUUACAACAGUUAUAGUUCCACUGCCACCCUAUUCGAGCGCGCCACAGCCUCUGGACUUUAUGAUGACAGCAACACACUGCGAAAAGGAACUGAGAUGAAAUCCAGCUCUGAUGGGAUGUGUAGUCGUCUCCUGCUGAAUGGCGCAUACAAAUGUAUCAAAUGCAGCAAGGUGUUUUCUACUCCACAUGGCUUGGAAGUUCACGUCCGGAGGUCGCAUAGUGGCACAAGACCUUUUGCUUGCGACAUCUGCGGGAAAACGUUUGGACACGCAGUCAGUCUGGAACAACACAGAGCUGUUCACUCACAGCAGAGAAGCUUUGAUUGUAAAAUCUGUGGGAAAAGUUUUAAAAGAUCAUCCACUUUGUCCACUCACCUCCUCAUCCACUCCGAUACACGGCCCUACCCGUGCCAGUACUGCGGAAAGAGGUUUCACCAGAAAUCAGAUAUGAAGAAACACACAUUCAUCCACACAGGGGAGAAGCCACACAAAUGUCAGGUGUGUGGGAAAGCUUUCAGUCAGAGCUCCAAUCUGAUAACACACAGCCGAAAACACACCGGAUUCAAGCCGUUUGGAUGUGACCGCUGCGGCAAAGGUUUCCAGCGCAAGGUCGAUUUAAGAAGACACAAGGAGACACAACACGGACUGAAGUGA